GAAGCCUUAGGGUGGGAGUUCUUCUUUUGUAAAGUAGGCCAUGAAAAUAUAACCCAAGCUAACAAAAAAAUCAAGGCCCAUUUCGUCCGUGGAAGCCACACAUAUUUUUGUUUCGAAAAAAACACACACACAAAGAACAGCAAGAAGCAAGGAAGAGCAAGAGAUGGAAACAACCAACAAAGAGGAACCAGAAAUCUCCAAACUAGAUUUCAAUGAUUCCGACAUCGAAUACAUCAGCUACGGUGGCGAACACCACCUCCCUCUCAUCAUGAACCUCGUCGACGAAGAACUCAGCGAACCAUACUCCAUCUUCACUUAUCGUUACUUCGUCUAUCUAUGGCCUCAUCUUUCUUUCCUGGCGUUUCAUAAGGGUAGAUGUGUGGGUACGGUGGUUUGUAAAAUGGGGGAACAUCGUAACACUUUUAGAGGAUACAUUGCUAUGCUUGUUGUUAUUAAACCCUACAGAGGAAGAGGCAUUGCUACAGAACUUGUUACUAGGUCUAUCAAAGCGAUGAUGGAAUCUGGUUGUGAUGAGGUUACAUUGGAAGCAGAGGUCACAAAUAAAGGAGCACUUGCGUUGUAUGGUCGCCUUGGCUUUAUCAGGGCUAAACGUCUCUUUCACUACUAUUUGAAUGGAGUCGAUGCUUUCCGUCUCAAACUUCUAUUUCCUCGUCCAGAGUUGCACACGCAAUACGGGAGUCACGCGCAUAGUGAUCACAGGGAUUCGCAAAUUCUUGAAUGAUUGAUUCCAUACAUUAUAAUAUGUGCUUUUAACAAAAACAACUUUUUGAGCUCAUUGAUUUAUAAACUCUGAUGCUAUGUUAUGGUGCAUCAGUUUUUUGUGUGUCUAGUUUUGGUAGGUUAUGUACAUUUUUGUUAUUUGCAUUUCACUUUUCUUUAACGUUGGAUGUUGUAAAAUAUAAGAGAAAUUGUAAAAACAAUUAUCUUCCAAAUCACAGUUGAUGUGAACCGUAAUGAGAUAAAUUUUUGACAACAAUACAA